GGCUGGGCGGUGCCCGGGGUAUAUAAGGCGCCGCCCCAGCCCGCUCGCUCUACCCUCACCUGGACGCGGAGCGGGACGGCGCGGCGCAGCCCAGUACCAGGCACAGCCCAGCACCAGGCAAAAUGUGCGACAAGCCAGACCUCUCGGAGGUGGAGAAAUUCGACAAGAAGAAGCUGAAGAAAACCAACACGGAGGAGAAGAACACGCUGCCCUCCAAGGAGACUAUUGAGCAGGAGAAGGAAUGUGUGAAGUCUUCCUAGAGUGAGGCACCCUGGCAGGAAGAGCUACCACUUGAUUUUUUUUGCUUUGAAUUAAAUCAUGUAUUGGUUCGGGGUUUGUUUUUUUUUUUUUAUUUACAUAAUGCACAUGUACAGGAAACAGCUGUAUUGCCUAGCCCACUGUCCAACCUUGCCGGCAGCUUUAGUGGGUGUGAGGAACAAAGUGUGGCCCUCUCAGUCUAUUGGUAGCCUGGCCCAACCCCAUCUCUGCUCAGCUGACUCCCACUGACAGCAUUGAUAUUGCUGUAAUGUGGUGGGGAGAUGAGCAGGGGCUAUGGAGGCUCCUGGGGACAGACCCCUUUUGCCUUGGGGAGUGGGGGAUCCUUUCUGGCCUGGCCCAUGGCCUCAGUCUGGCUUGCAUACUCUUAACUGAUGGUGUUCUGUAGCCUCACAGAUUUUUUUUUGUCUUCCUUGGAGAAAAAAAAAAUGAGAAGUUUAUUAUAAAAUAAAAAAAUGUAAUGACCUA